GGAUGGGAGGAGCAUCAUAACAUUGCUUACGGGACGCAGAGCUGCGUCUCGGAACCGGACUGGGAAACCAGAACCAGUCGGCUUGGGGAAAUUUUGAGUAAAAAAACAAAAAACAAAACCCGGAUGUGGGGAAGCAGAGCGUACUGUAGUUCUACGCUUAAGCCGUCAUAUGUAACACUAGCGUAAGUUACGUAUUUAAAUGUGAUGUAGCCGAUAGGCACUGACUGGACAGGCGGUGAAGAGAGGUCGCUGACGGACUGUGCGCACUGCUGAGUGGACAGCAGGGUUUCUUGCUGUAUAUUUAAGCUUGGACGGGCUCCUGACAGCAGGUUCGCACUUCUUCUGCAGUGCAGCUCGUCAUCACCAUCAUAACCAGAUGCCCUCCGCCGGACCGGACCCGUUCAGUUUCAUGCCGUCCAACCUGACCGGAGCUUGAGCCGAAGGAUGCAGGUUAAAAACCAGAUCUGCACAGAGCGGAGCAGCAACGACGACCCGGAGCAAGAUGACAAUCAGAAGAAGACUUCGUGUUUUUCCAACAUUAAGAUAUUCCUGGUGUCGGAAUGUGCUCUCAUGUUGGCACAGGGCACCGUGGGCGCCUAUCUGGUAAGUGUUCUGACCACUCUGGAGAGACGCUUCAACCUCCAGAGUGCAGAUGUGGGUGUCAUUGCCAGCAGCUUUGAAAUCGGCAACCUGGCCCUCAUCCUCUUUGUCAGCUACUUUGGCGCCAAGGCUCACCGGCCCCGGCUGAUUGGCUGCGGUGGCAUUGUCAUGGCGUUGGGGGCCUUGCUGUCAGCCCUGCCAGAGUUCCUGACUCAUCAGUAUGAGUACGAGGCCGGUGACUCGUGGCAUGCCGAGGAUGGCAGGGAUGUCUGCUCCAACAUCUCCAGGUCAGAGAACAGAGACUCUGGGUUUAAAUGCGGUAAUCGAGCCAACACCAACAUGAUGUACCUUCUGCUCAUCGGAGCCCAGGUCCUGCUGGGCAUCGGGGCAACACCUGUUCAGCCCUUAGGAGUGUCCUACAUUGAUGACCAUGUCCACAGAAAAGACUCCUCACUGUAUAUAGGUAUCCUAUUUUCAACUUUAGUGUUCGGCCCAGCUUGUGGCUUCAUCUUAGGAUCUGUCUGUACCAAAGUUUAUGUUGAUGCUGUUUUCAUUGAUACCAGUAAGCUGGACAUCACCCCAGAUGACCCUCGCUGGAUCGGGGCGUGGUGGGGCGGCUUCCUCCUGUGUGGUGCCUUACUCUUCCUGUCCGCCCUCUUCAUGUUCGGUUUCCCCCAGGCGCUGGAUGAGCAGGACAUGGACAGUGGAGCUGAGAGUGAGCAGGCCAUGCUGCCUUCUUCCCUGAGCCUGGAGUUCCAGGGCUCUAAACCCAAUGGAGCCAUUCAUGGCUUUGAUAUAAACAGCGGACUCUCAGUCUGUCAGCAUCUGAGAGUGAUCCCCCGGGUUACCAGGCACCUUCUCUCCAAUCCAGUGUUCAGCUGCAUCACGCUGGCAGCCUGCAUGGAGAUCGCUGUGGUUGCUGGCUUUGCUGCCUUUCUGGGCAAAUACUUAGAGCAGCAAUUCAACCUUACAACAUCCUCAGCUAAUCAGCUGCUAGGUAUGACGGCCAUCCCCUGUGCCUGUCUGGGAAUCUUCCUCGGGGGACUCCUGGUUAAGAAAUUGAACCUGUCAGCUCUGGGUGCUGUCCGCAUGGCCAUGCUGGUCAACCUGGUGUCCACUGCCUGCUAUGUCUCUUUUCUCUUCCUAGGCUGUGACACUGGACCUGUCGCUGGGGUCACAGUGGCCUACGGCAAUGAGACGUUGCAGUCUUGGCAGCAGCCUGAGUCAGCAUGCAUUAGUAACUGUAACUGUUACACUGCAUCGGUGAGCCCUGUCUGUGGCUCCAAUGGAGUCACCUACCUCUCAGCCUGUUUCGCUGGCUGUACCAAACCAAACCUGACCAACUGUGCGUGUAUACCCAGCAACAGCGAAGAAGCAGUGGCUUUACCAGGAAAGUGUCCCAGCCCAGGCUGUCAGCAAGCCUUCCUCACCUUCCUGUGUGUUAUAUGUGUGUGCAGCAUGAUUGGAGCUAUGGCCCAGACACCCUCUGUCAUCAUCCUUAUCAGAACUGUCAGUCCAGAGCUUAAAUCCUACGCCCUUGGUGUUCUGUUCCUGCUUCUAAGAUUAAUAGGCUUCAUCCCUCCCCCUCUGAUCUUCGGCAUGGGCAUCGACUCCACCUGUCUGUUCUGGAGCUCCGUCUGCGGCGAGAAGGGAGCCUGCAUGCUGUACGACAAUGUGGCCUACAGGCAUUUGUAUGUCAGCAUCGCCAUCGUUCUCAAGUCAUCAGCUUUCCUCCUGUACACCACCACAUGGCAGUGUCUGAGAAAGAACUACAGGAAAUACAUCAAAAACAACGAGGGGUACCUCACGCCCACCGAACUCUUCGCCUCCAACGUGACUCUGGACAAUUUGGGAAAAGAUAUCACGCAGAACCCAACCAACAGGACAAAAUUCAUAUACAACCUGGAGGACCGUGAGACAUGUGACAACAUGGAGUCUGUUUUAUAGUGCUGGUCUGCACUGGGGCUGCAAACCGGAGCCAUUAAUGUGCAACAGACCUGAAGCGUGAUGUUUCUGAGUUCAGAGAAAUGUCCUCAGUAAAGUUCCAGUCUUCUUAUCAUCCAAAACAUGACACAUAUUGAAAAAGAGAAGAUUCCCCAAAUUUGCCACGCCCACGUUUUUGUCAGCUGAAAUUAAGCUGGCUUUAAGAAAAUUGCUUUUACUUUUUCUUUGCAAAGUUGGAAUAGAAAGUGACGAGGAAAGAGGGGAAAAAUCACAUGCAAUAGAUUACUGCUGACGAAAGUUUAGUUCAAAGUUUUGGAUUUACUAUACCAGAGUUUAUGAAAUGGUUUAUUUUCCUUUAGUAUUUCUCAGGUAUGGUAUAUCAGAAAAUGCAAAAAGGGUGACAGUAAUCAAUUUUCAGUCCAUCUGCAGUGCAUCUGGGGAUCCCUACAGGAGACUUCUUAACACAUUUGUUGUAAAGCCUUUAUUAGGUUUCGACUCCAUCCAAAACCAGUUAUCAAGCCCUUUUCACUGCAGUCAUUUUGAUAUUGAGCAUGCACAAUACCAGAGCCUCUGCCCAUGUAUACGUAUGGAACAGAGCCACUAUUGUUGUGAUUAAUCACAUCCGUCUUUACCCUGCAAUAACAUUUCAGUGUGGCUGCUAUGAAAAGGGCCCAUUUCAAAGCCAGUAUACAAUUACUGUACGUUUCUUCAACCUUAACCCCCGGCAGUGACUCAAACAGACAUACAACAAGCAAUGAAAAAGGAAUCAAAUGGUUCAAAAGGUGCAGAAGUUUACAGCAAUAUAGAAAACUGAUUUAUUUAUUUAGCUCCUGCCACCAAUUAUUGCAGGUCACAUUUUCCACAAAACAUGGAUUAUCCCACUUUGAAAUGGUUAAAAUGUGGAAGAGGUUUCUAACAUUUUUCAGAGAAUUAAGAAACAAAUUCUUUCAUCAUAGCUUUCAGUGUUUACUUUAGUCGAGAAAGUUGUUGGAAAUAUGUGAAGUUUUGGCACUGAUACUCGACCAAAGUCUGAGAUUAUAUUUUAGUUUCGGAGCCACAAAACGUUUCAGUUUUUUGUUUUUUUUACUUGACAUUUAUGAAAAUUAGAUGCAGCUUCUGACAGGUAAUCAGAAUAAAAGCUUAACUGUUAAAGUUUAAAUAAUAGCCUGACUCAAAGGAACAGAGUAAGAUGGCUUUUUCAUUAAUGUUUAGACGAGAUGCACAUGAUCAGAUUCAGUAAAUGAACCUGUAACCUUUCCUAAAUCACUGAUUCAACAAUGCUCAUGCCAACUGCAAACAGAUGCAGAAUAAGAGUUUGUAAUGUAAUUUCACUCUUGGGGACAUCGUUUACAGCAUUGAUGCAUGAAAUACAAAGCAACAAAUAUAACAAGCAGGAGACACUGCAAAUAAGACACUCCAGGUACAUUAUUUAGGAGGGCCAUAGCAGGUGGCAGCUGUGGGGAAGGAAGCUUUUACCAAGAGCACCAGUAUGACUAGUGAGCUCACACUGGGUGAAAGUGAGAGUGUGAAGGCCUUUAUGUGGAAUACCAAGUCAUUGUAUUGAGACUGUUGAUUGUAGUGGCUAGCUGUCAACAGACACAGCAUAGCAUGACGCACAGUGUCCAGCCAGAAUGAGUUCAUUAAAAAGCAUGCUGGUAAUGCAUGCACAUAAAAAUAAAAUAUGUUCAGAAUGAUGUCACUA